CUCAGCCCCAUUUCCUUGAGCUGAAAACAAAGUGCAGCAGCAGACUCCUCGUAAGAUACUGGACAGGCCCCCCAACCUCCAAUUUUCGAAGCAAGUUUAAGUCUUCAUUUCAGAAAAAGCCAAUUGAGAACGGAGAAAAAUCGAGAAAAAAAGGGAAUUGAAAUGAGCCCCAUGGCUUCACGGUUGAUCCAUUCCGGACUCUCACUCUCUAGACUCUAUGUAAUAGGUGGGUCCAAGAAUGGAAGAUUUCUUUCAACAGAGCCUAACAAGGUUGAUGAGCCUUUUAAAGUUGAAGAAGCUGAGACCGUAGAUGUACCUACUCCUCCUUCUGAGAAGCUGCUUGUGUUGGGUGGAAAUGGAUUUGUUGGAUCCCAUAUCUGCAGGGAAGCUUUGAAUCGUGGUCUGACUGUUGCCAGCCUCAGCAGGUCUGGCAGGUCAUCUUUACAUGACUCUUGGGCAAAAAAUGUGGCAUGGCUUCAAGGAAACCUUCUUUCAUCUAAUUCAUGGAAGGAAGCUCUGAAUGGAGUGACAUCUGUUAUCUCUUGUGUUGGCGGUUUUGGAUCUAAUUCUUAUAUGUAUAAGAUUAAUGGUACUGCAAACAUCAAUGCAAUCAGAGCUGCUGCAGAGAAAGGUGUGAAAAGAUUUGUUUAUAUCUCUGCUGCUGAUUUUGGUUUGGCAAACUAUUUACUUCAAGGAUAUUAUGAGGGGAAGAGAGCUGCAGAGACAGAGUUACUGACCAAGUUUCCUUAUGGAGGAGUGAUUUUGAGGCCUGGCUUCAUUUAUGGGACUCGCAGUGUUGGAAGAAUGAAGUUACCUCUAGGUGUUGUUGGUUCACCACUAGAAAUGGUUCUCCAAUAUGCAAAAACAUUGAAUCAGCUGCCAGUUGUUGGCCCAAUGUUUACUCCUCCUAUUAAUGUUACUGCCGUUGCCAAGGUUGUAGUGCGAGCGGCAACUGAUCCUGUUUUCCCUCCGGGCAACAUAGAUGUCUAUGGAAUACAACGAUUUAGCCAGCAAAUGUCAAGAUAAAUUAGUUGAACUUGAAUUUUGGGUAUUGUUCAGAAGUCUAGAGCUGUCAAUAUCAAGCCGUUAAAGGCGUAUCUGGCUGACUGUAAAUUCUUAUAAAGGAUGCUGUUGGAGUUGUGAUUAGACAGCGAACCAACAAAGUGAUGAGGUUCAUUUCUGAUGCAAUAAAAACUUCCAGGAAUGCUUGGGACAUGGCUUUACUGGAACUUGGGUACUGUCUUGCAAUUGUCAGGCAUUAGCUUGUCAUAUUCACUUUGGAUUUGGUGAAAUCAGCCUCCAUGAAUGUUCUAUUACGAUAGAAAAAGUCAA